AUGAGCAAAUAUGUUUAGCUGCUGCAGUAAUCAUGUAAUGUGUCACGUUGGCUCGAUCACCUCCGGUGCUCUUUUAAUCGAGGAGAACCACCGCCACCUACCGAGAUCUCGCGAGAGAGAACUGCAGCGAAGCCGCUUUCAUCCGGGUCCUUGGGUCAGCUGAUCAAAACACGGAAGCGGUCGUGGUUGUGUGUUUGCCAGCGGGCUCGACGAGGAGCAGGAAUGUCUUUUUUGUGGAUUUAUGGAGCGGUUUUGUAUUCGUUUUGACGUUUCGACGUGACGUUACAGUCUGAACGUUGUGGUCUGUCUUCGGUUGGCCCGCCGGGCUGCAGGUGGCUGCUGCUGCUGCUGCUGCUGAUGCUGCUGCUGAUGAUGAUGAUGAUGAAGGUGUUUCGCUGUCCAGGCCGUCAUGGCUACGCUGUGGAAGUGUCUCCGUUCAUGGCCAACAGGGUGGCCUGCGUUGCCUCCCAGUACUACGGCAUAGCUGGCUGCGGCACCCUGCUGGUCCUGGAUCAGACGGAGACGGGGGUCAAUCUAGUGAGACGGUGGGAGUGGGGUGACGGUCUGUUCGACGUAGCCUGGAGUGAAGCCAAUGAACACGUCCUGGUCGCCGGGGGUGGGGACGGCAGCCUGCAGCUGUGGGACACAGCCAAUCACAGCGCUCCUCUGAGAGUGGCCAAAGAACACACACAGGAGGUGUAUUCUGUCGACUGGAGUCAAACCAGAGGAGAGAACCUCAUCGUCUCUGGCUCGUGGGAUCAGUCUGUUAAAGUGUGGGACUCCGCCCUCAGCCAAUCGCUGACCACGCUCAGGGGUCAUGAAGGGGUCGUCUACAGCACCAUUUGGUCGCCUCACAUCCCAGGAUGCUUUGCUUCAGCCUCAGGGGACGGGACGCUCAGAGUUUGGGAUGUGAAGGGCGCCGCGUGUCGAUUGGCCGUCCCGGCACACAGGGCCGAGAUCCUUAGCUGUGAUUGGUGCAAAUAUGACCAGAAUAUUGUGGCCACAGGCUCAGUGGACUGCAGUGUGUGUGUGUGGGACCUGAGGAACGUCCGACAGCCCAUCAGUCAGCUGAAUGGCCACACCUACGCCAUCCGCAGAGUGAAGUUUUCUCCGUUCAAUAAAUCCUUGUUGGCGUCCUGCUCGUACGACUUCACAGUCAGGUUCUGGGAUUACAGCAGGACGCGGCCUCUCGUGGACACUGUGGAGCAUCACUCAGAGUUUGUCUGUGGACUCGACUUUAACCUGCAUGUCCCCGACCAGUUUACAGAACGGGUCUUCACAAAACGGAGACGUUAUGGACUCUUGUGGGAAGUUGUGAUGGACAGUUCACAGACAAAAUGUGUUCAACAGGAAAAUAGACUGCAGAUGACUCUGUGGUCCCAGAGGAGGUGUCACUGAGCUGUCACUCAGAGCACCGUCACCGUGACAACAGCCGUGAUAACAACAGCGUGCACCGCACUGACCGCCGGGCGCCUUCUGCCUCUUUUAAUUACGGCUUCUUCAUUCGUCUUUUCCUUGUUAUGAGACAUAAAAGAGGCAUUAAAGGACGUCGUUCAUCAGUGAGACUUUCAGCUUCGUCUUGUGGCCUUUUGCUGGUGUUCCUCCUCCUUUGUGCCGCUGCUCCCCUCCUCGUUACACAUCUUUUCAUUUCUCUCUUGCUGUCUUUGUGCUUUGCUGCAGUCUUGGCUGCUGCGUUCGCCUUUCCAUUAUGGCCGGCUGUUAAAGUUAAUUAAAGAAGGACAUUCCUCUUCCUCUGCGGCUGACUCACUGAACGACUGUUUUGCUUACUCAUGCCGUGAACCCGAAUGCUGCGUUUGUGUGCAGAUCAAACAGUCGGCGUGCCGCAGCGUGGCCGCACAGCUGACAACCAGCGAAACCUCUCAAACAAAUGAUUGAUUCAGAUCAGGUUCAGCUUAUUCAGUCUUUUAAUUUGGAGGAAUUGUUGUCAUUACCUGCUUGUGAAGCUCGAC